UGGGCCCACAUCUGGUAGUGGGAGGGCUGCGCCGUGCUCGUCCCGCUGCUUCGCUCUCCUCCUUUGCUUUCCAGAAGUGCAUUUCCGCCCGGCCAUAGGAGGAGACGAGGCUGUCACAGGGGCAGGCUCUGCCCCACGCCGAGGGGUCUGGCAGCGCGGCACCAAGCAAUGCCCCAGAGCAGCAAAGGCGGCACGGGGAGAGAGCGGCCCUGCCCCAGAGGGUGCUGCUGCAGCAUGGAGGGAUUUUGGACACUCGGAGUCUUGCUGCUCUCCUGCCUGCUGAUUCCCAACCCUGUGAGCAGCCAGACCAGCCCCAACCCUGACCAGCAUCCAGCGGAGCCCGAGGAGGUCCCAUCCAAGCACCAGGCAGUCAGGGCCACACAGGAGCAGAAGGACAGCGGUGCCCAGGAGGAGCUGCCCCCACGGCCCCACUGCGUCCGCUGCUGCGAGCCACCCGAACACCGCUUCUACCCCCGGUACCAGCCCCAGAUCAACAUGACCAUCUUGAAAGGUGAGAAGGGAGAACGCGGUGAGCGGGGCAUGCAGGGGAAGUUCGGCAAGACAGGGGUGGCCGGCAGCAGGGGCCACACGGGGCCCAAAGGACAGAAGGGCAGCGCAGGCGCCCCGGGGGAACGCUGCAAGAGCCACUACGCUGCCUUCUCGGUGGGCCGCAAGAAACCCCUGCACAGCAACGAUUACUACCAAACCCUCAUCUUCGACACGGAGUUCGUCAACCUCUACGACCACUUCAACAUGUUCACGGGGAAGUUCUACUGCUACGUCCCCGGGAUCUACUAUUUCAGCCUGAACGUGCACACCUGGAACCAGAAGGAGACCUACCUGCACAUCAUGCGCAACGGAGCCGAGGUGGUGAUCCUUUAUGCGCAGGUGAGCGACCGCAGCAUCAUGCAGAGCCAGAGCGUCAUGCUGGAGCUGCGUGAGCAGGAUGAGGUCUGGGUGAGGCUCUACAAGGGCGAGCGUGAGAACGCUGUCUUCAGUGAUGAGUAUGACACUUACAUCACUUUCAGUGGGCACCUCAUCAAGUACAGCGGGGACCCAUGAGUCCUACACCCCCAUCCCGCUCCCUGGGGUGGGGGCCUGCAGAGGCCCUGCUGCUCCCCUUCCUGGGCACGCCACUCUCCUUCCAGCUCUCUUGCUACAUACCACUACCCCCAGCUGUGUGAAUACUUCCCCCCCCCCCCACUCCCCUCAGCUCCUGGAAGUUGAUUGAGUGCACUUGGAGGAGAUGGAGACAUUUGUAACCUCUGCCGUAUCCCUGACCCAAGGGCUGGCUGCUCACCUGGAGCAGGCAGGGACCUCGUCCCCACCUGUGCCAGGCUCAGGGCUGGGUGUGCUGGGUGUCCGUGGCACUGGCUCGUAAGCUGGCACCUGCUGGAGUGAUGUGAGCACCUCUGCUGCCAACCCCCACCAAUGCACUUGAUGAAUGGGGGGGAGCAGUUAUAAAGCCACUGAACAUCGCUUCUGCAGAGCUGUGUCCCCUGGGCUGGUGCUUCCCCAGGGCAGAGCAAGCAGCAGGUGGGUGCAGCAGCCCUCUCAUGUCAGUUCCCUCGCUGUGCCCCGUGCCACAGCCACAUCUCGAUGCCAGCACCCAUCGGGAAGAGCUGGCUCCCAGCUGCCCGACAUGCAGGGCCUUCAGCCUCAGCCCCAUCCUUCUCAUCUGGAGAUCUGCUGGGCAGGCUUUUUGUUUUUGUAGACGCACUGGCAGUGCAGGGCCGGGGGCUGCCUCCCCCUCCGUACACUUGUGAUCGCAUUAAACACCCCACGGGUUCGGUUCCUACUCA